CUCACUCAUCUAGGGAUUUCACAUGGCGAGUAAGAUAAAAGGCCCAUAUCCACAAGAGUAGCGGCCCAGUCAAUUGCUCACCCGGCCCAGUCAAUUGCUCACAAGCUAUUUUCAAGAAUAUUUAUUUAGCCUCACAGUCAUUUUGUUUCCCGAACUACAAAAAAAAGUUUACAGUAGAAGAAACAAAAAGCGGAAAAGAAAGGUCAAAGGUGCCAGUUAGGCAGUUACAGCAAGGGAAUGGGGUAGUCUACUCUACUCUAGGGAGCUCUAGAACUCGCUCACCGUCACCGAAAGGACGAAAGGUGGAAGCGCGCCACCUUUCCGUAUUUCUUCUCUCUUCCUCCCUCUCCUACUCAAACUCAUUUUCUCGCACCUUCUACUCUUCUCCACAACGCUCACCCUCUCUCAAUUGCAAGCUCAAGGAGUACUCGUCUCCCUCAGCAUUUCCACCUCUUUCCAGGUUCGCGUAUCUCCUCACCUUCCUUAUUGGUACCGAUGUAAACAUUUGCACGGUUUGUCUUUCUGUGUUGUUUUGUUCCCUUUCUUCCCCACCCUGCUCUGUUUCUGCCCUCCUGCUGAAUCCAGUAUCUACCGCACUUGCAAGCGCCUAUCCAAUUGAUAUCAUGUUAGGAAUUUAGAGGGUUUGGAGGGCGUGUGUUUCUCUUUGUUUCUUUCCCUGCUGAAGUUUCUGCGCUGGUGAGUGGUGACUGUUGGUCUGUUAUCAUGUAAGAUCGUUUGAUGGGUGUUAUUGAACGACCAAACGCAUUCCGUGAGUUGGGUUUAGUGAAUUCUCUCACUACCCUGAUUGUUUUCUCUAAAGAUUAGUAGUUUCUGGUGCUAGUUUGGAUGAAGGGUUGAAGGUUUUACUGCUUACUGUCUGUUAAGUGGAUUGGGGCGGAUUAACGCUCGUAAGGUGUUUGAUGAAAGGCCUAACUGAUUAUAUAUGAUCCGAUGAGUCUUGCAUUUAUGUUGUCAAGGAACAUGCGGAGUUGAGGUCACUUUCUUGUGAGGUUUGCUGGAAUGGUCCGACGAGAAUUCCCUUCUUCGAAUGAACAUCAUAAUAAUACUUCCUGUGUUGUGUGGAUUUAAUAUUCUUUGUACGGAUAAUACUUCCUCUGUUUCUUUCCCAUGAACUUCAUUUUUUGUACCUUUGUUCCUUCUUGCUUCCUGGUUCACUCCCACUACUUGUGAAGUGAUUCGGGUGCUCUGGUUUCUUUCAUCAAUAAAGUUCAUCAUCCUACCAAAAAAAAAAAUAUAUAUAUAUAUAAGUUCAUCACCAUUAUCAAAAAAUAUUAUUUGUACUGAUGCUUUGAUCUCAUUGAAAAUAAACCGUGCUAAAAUGCAGAUAUGGCUGAACUCCAAUACACUGUGGCAUCCGACAGCGAAAAUACCGGAGAGGAGAAAUCAUCGUCUGCCUUUCCAGAGAGUGCGAUUGGUAUCGACAUUGGAACCUCGCAAUGCAGCAUAGCAGUUUGGAACGGUUCCCAGAUUGAGGUGCUCAAGAACACCAGGAACCAGAAGUUGAUGCGAUCAUAUGUGACCUUCAAGGAUGAAACCCCUUCUGCUGGAGGAGUCACCAGCAAUCAACUGUUACACGAGCGUGAAGUAUUGUCUGGAGCUGCAAUCUUCAACAUGAAACGCCUCAUAGGCAGAGUGGACACCGACCCUGUAGUUUCAGCGAGCAAGUCUCUUCCUUUUCUAGUCCAGACUUUGGGAAUUGGUGUUCGUCCUCUCAUUGCAGCCUUGGUGAACAAUGCUUGGAGGUCGACAACUCCUGAAGAAGUCCUGGCUAUAUUUCUGGUGGAGCUGAGAGCCAUGGCAGAGUUACAAUUGAAGAGGCCUAUCAGAAAUGUUGUUCUCACGGUUCCAGCUUCCUUUAGUCGGUUCCAGUUGACACGUAUCGAGAGAGCUUGUGCUAUGGCAGGGCUUCAUGUUCUGAGACUGAUGCCUGAGCCAACAGCUGUUGCAUUGCUGUAUGCACAACAGCAGCAACAGAUUGUUCAUGAGAAUAUGGGCAGUGGGAGUGAGAAGAAUGCCCUGAUUUUCAAUCUCGGUGCUGGUUACUGUGAUGUGGCUGUCACUGCUACUGCUGGUGGAGUUUCUCAGAUCAAAGCAAUAACAGGAGCUGCUAUUGGCGGAGAAGACAUGCUGCAGAACUUGAUGAGGUAUCUUUUCCCUGAUCUUGACAGGCUUUUCUCAAACCAUUCCACCAAUGAUAUCAAGUCGAUGGCAGUGCUGCGGAUUGCAACCGAGGACGCAAUUCGCAAGCUUUGCUCUCAGACCAGCGUUCAGGUGGAUGUUGACUUGGGAAAUGAGAACAAUAUCUGUAAGGUUCUUGAUAGGAAGGAAUUUGAGGAAGUCAACAAACAAGUGUUUGAAAAGUGUGAGAGCCUCAUAACAGAAUGCUUGCACGACUCAAAGGUGAAUGUUGAGGAUUUGAGCGACGUUAUACUUGUUGGUGGCUGUUCAUACAUCCCAAAGAUACAGAACCUUGUUAAGGCAAUUUGCAAAAGGGAGGAACUCUACAGUGAAAUGAAUCAGUUGGAGGCUGCGGUGAGUGGAGCAGCACUAGAAGGUGCAGUUGCUUCAGGAAUCAGCGAUCCAUUUGGAAGUCUGGAUCUGUUAACUAUCCAAGCCACCCCACUUGCCUUGGGAAUAAGAGCUGAUGGGAACACUUUCUCCCCAAUCAUACCGAAAAACACUACCAUGCCUGCAAGGAAGGAACAAGUGUUCACAACUUCUCACGAUAACCAAACCGAAGCGCUGGUUGUUGUCUAUGAAGGUGGCGGUAAGACCGUGGAAGAGAAUCAACUUUUGGGCUUUUUCAAGAUCGGCGGGAUCCCCUCAGCAGCUAAAGGAGUUCCAGAGAUAAUCGUGUGCAUGGAUAUCGAUGCUGGAAAUGUGUUGCGAGUGUUUGCUUGGGUGAUGAUGCCUGGUAAUGAGCAUCCAGUCACUCCGUUCAUGGAAGUCAGGAUGCCGACGGUGGACGAUGGGCAUGGCUGGUGUGGCGAGGCGUUACUGAGGGCUUAUGGGUCUGCACUCGACCUGGUUACCGUCCAGAAACGGGUGUAGAAACUGAUAAUACUGUGUUUGUGAUUCUGUAUGUAAGUUGCUACGAGUUGUAAUAUCUGUAAGUUCUACAAAGUAUCAAGUUGUGUAACAUAGGGUGAUCAUUACCACCAAAAUAAGAACAGGGGUGAUCCCUCUGCAGAGUUGUUUCUGUUCUGAAGAGUGGGAAAUAAAGUCAGGAAUCUUCUUGCUCAAGUAAGCCCUCAGGAAAAUGAGAAGAUUCAGGAGGACUUGUCAGAAAAGAAAGGAAUAAACAUAUGGAUAUGAU